UAUGAACCAAUACGCCUCCUUUUAAAAAACCUUUGCCUCAGAGUAGGCAUCACAUUUACAUGUUUACAUCUUAAAUAUUUACAUAUUUUCAUUUCUUCUGUUUUUUUUUUUUUUUUUUUCCUUCCUAGAAUGCUUUUUUCUUUUACCCUGUACUUGUAAGGCCUGGUCCUCAAAGGAUGAGCAGUCCUAAGUACCUUGUUCAACACUUCUGUGCUGGGUCAGGCUUGUGGCACAGCAGGUUAAGCUGCCACUUGGGAUGUCCACAUCCCACAUCAGAGUGCCUGAGAUCAGGUCCUGCCUUUGCUUCCAAUUCAGCUUCCUGCUAAUGUGCACUCAGAGCUGGAGAGAGAUGCCAAAGGCCAGUACUUGUUUGACCUUCUUUGCCACCACCUGAACCUACUUGAGAAAGACUAUUUUGGAAUCCGCUUUGUGGACCCAGAUAAGCAGCGGCAUUGGUUGGAGUUUACCAAGUCCGUGGUGAAGCAGCUGAGAUCCCAGCCUCCAUUCACCAUGUGCUUCCGUGUGAAAUUUUACCCAGCAGACCCUGCUGCCCUGAAAGAAGAAAUAACCAGGUAUUUAGUCUUCCUACAGAUCAAAAGGGAUCUCUACCAUGGCCGCCUCCUCUGUAAAACGUCGGAUGCUGCCUUGUUAGCGGCUUAUAUCCUUCAAGCGGAAAUUGGAGAUUACGACCCAGGGAAACACCCUGAAGGCUACAGCUCCAAGUUCCAGUUUUUCCCUAAACACUCAGAAAAACUGGAAAGGAAAAUUGCUGAGAUUCACAAGACAGAACUCAGUGGCCAAUCACCAGCAACAUCGGAGCUGAACUUCUUAAGAAAAGCGCAGACAUUGGAGACAUAUGGAGUGGACCCUCACCCAUGCAAGGAUGUGUCAGGAAAUGCUGCCUUUCUGGCCUUCACACCUUUUGGGUUUGUGGUUCUUCAAGGAAACAAGAGGGUCCACUUCAUUAAAUGGAAUGAGGUGACCAAGCUGAAAUUUGAAGGGAAAACUUUCUAUUUAUACGUAAGUCAGAAAGAGGAAAAGAAAAUUAUUCUCACAUAUUUUGCACCCACUCCAGAAGCCUGCAAGCACCUCUGGAAAUGUGGAAUUGAGAACCAAGCCUUCUACAAGCUGGAGAAGUCGAGCCAAGUCCGCACGGUGUCAAGCAGCAAUUUAUUCUUUAAAGGGAGCCGGUUCCGAUACAGCGGGCGAGUCGCAAAGGAAGUCAUGGAGUCGAGUGCCAAGAUCAAACGGGAACCACCAGAAAUACACAGAGCCGGGAUGGUUCCCAGCCGGAGCUGUCCCUCCAUAACGCACGGCCCGCGGCUGAGCAGUGUCCCCAGGACCCGCAGGAGAGCCGUCCACAUCUCCAUCAUGGAAGGCCUGGAGUCCCUGCGGGACAGCGCCCAUUCUACCCCCGUGCGUUCCUCCUCCCACGGGGACACCUUCCUGCCUCACGUGAGAAGCAGCCGGGCAGACAGCAACGAGCGGGUGGCCGUGAUCGCAGACGAGGCCUACAGCCCUGCCGACAGCGUGCUGCCCACCCCAGUGGCCGAGCACAGCCUGGAGCUGCUGCUGCUCUCCCGGCAGGUCAACGGCGCGACCUGCAGCAUCGAGGAGGAGAAGGAGUCUGAGGCCAGCACCCCCACUGCUUCAGAGGUGGAGGCCCUCCGAGGAGAGCUCAGGGCCCUGUGUCAGGGGCACGGCGGGCCGGAGGAGGAACAGGUGAAUAAGUUUGUUUUAAGUGUCCUCCGUUUGCUCCUUGUGACCAUGGGACUCCUCUUUGUUUUGCUCCUCCUCCUGAUCAUCCUUACCGAGUCUGACCUUGACAUUGCCUUUUUCCGCGAUAUCCGCCAGACCCCCGAGUUUGAACAAUUCCACUAUCAAUACUUUUGUCCCCUCAGGCGAUGGUUUGCCUGCAAAAUCCGCUCAGUGGUGAGCCUGCUCAUUGACACCUGAGAAGGCAUGACUCCUCCCCCAAACUAGCCAGGUGGACCCAGGAGCCCGGCUACCGUUCCCAGCAAUGGGACCCAUCGCGGAACCAUCGGCACACACACCAGGUCCUCCUCUCAUGACAGAGUCCACCGCAGCCUAGGAGGGUUGUUUCUCAGAAGAAAGGGACAGGCUCACGCCCUGUCAACCCAGCUGGGAAACUCAUUUUCUUCAGAGGGUCUUUCAAGAAGGCUCAGCAGUUCUGGUUCUCAUCCUUCGAUCUGCAGGAUAAUUUUUGGUUUUGAAUUUUGAGUUUUCAUAGAUGUGUAUUAUUUUGAAAAGUAUCAAAUAAAAAUAAUUUAUUUUGCUACUACUGGUGAUCACAGAAGUGUCGCCCAGCAGGUGGGGGCCCGAGUUGGAGACUAGAGAGCUUUGUCCUGGUGCUCCCUGGAGCAGGGACACUCGCAGGGGCGGGGUAGGCCAGGGGUCUGCACAGCGGGGACUGCCCAGGUUUCCCUGCCACACAGAACUCUUACAGCAGUCACCAUCCGUGGAGAAUGAUUAAAUGGAAAGUUGCUUCUUAUGAUGGUCUGAGUUGGAUUUUCUUUUGUUUUUCCAAAUCUGAGCAGAGAAGGGACCACCGCUUCAGCAGCAGCAGCAGGGGUGGGGUAAGUCUGUCCCCUUAGACCGGAGCCUAGUGGGCAGCACCGGGAGUUGUCUAUAAUGAACUUAGACUUCUGUGACUUUUUUUUUCUUCUGAAGAACCUCAAGACUUUUAUAGUGCUCCAGGGGCGUUAGUGCCACAGACCGUGCUGUCAGAACUGCUGGACAAAGUGUAGCCAACAGAAACCAGAGCUGAGUUACCUGAGAGACUGGGAAUUCACAGAGCAGUGCUUAUUUUGUACACAAUGCCCCCACCCCCGCAAAAAAGACCAAUUUAUAUUUUAACAAAAUGUUAUUUUCUUAUCAAUUCAUAUUUUGUUCUUACUUUACAAAUUAAGAAAAUAGAACCUGAUGAACUAAGUGAUUCAAGAAAGAAACCAACCCUGAGAAUGAAAAGCUUCAGAAAAUAGAAUUCCAUGGUCAAUGAGCAGCCUUGGAAGGGACCAGGAAAACAAUCUCCUUAAAUAGGAUUUCCAAGAGAUGCCUACGAAAGACAAAAGGUGAACAUGGCAGAGACCAGCACUUAGAUGUAGAAAUGCUGCCCCCUAGGGUCACUCGCUGCAUCAGCAAAAGAAGUUCUAGGAAAGCCCUUGCCCGCCUUGCUGGCGGAGGCCUGGAAGGUUGUGUGAGCUCCGAACUCCUUAAAGCAAUCACACACGAGAUCUUGUUUUCAUCUCAGGGAGAGAUUUCUAGGUCAUCUGGGGCCUGAGGAUUGAUUUAAGGAUGGGCAGGGGACUUAUUCCUGAGACCCACACUACAGUGGAGCAGCUGUGAUGUCUGAAAGCCCCAAACACAGAAGAGAAUGAGUCACUUGUAGAUUCUGUGUCCUGAGAUGGCAAAACCAUGUCUAUUUAGAAUAGAUAGUAGCUGUGGAAUAGUCAGGGGGAAGAGAGGAUUUGCAAAAUUGUAAAGGAAGAUGCCCUUCCAUCUGCACCAGAGGUCAGCGAACUUCUUUCAAAGUGCCAGAGAGGAACCAGUGUCUUGCUUUGGUUUUGCGGGCCAUACUCUGGCACAACGACUCAUCUCUGCCAUCAUAGCACAAAAAUGGCCAUAGCUGAUAUGUAAAUGAAGGAGCAUGGCUGUGUUCCAAUCAGACUUUACAAAAUCAGUUGGUGAGCCGAAUCUGGCCUGCAGGCCAUAAUAAGUUAGCUCUGAGCUAGACAAUAGAGCUGGUCCUUGCCAAUAUGGCGGCGGCGGCAGCAGAUCAGCUGCACUUCCCAGCCAGCGGGAAAGACCGAGGACCCUCCCCAGUGGAGACAUCAGAGUUGCUUGUUUAACGGGUGCUCAACCAACCAACCAGCAAAGAGAUGUUCGAUGCCAGGAGGAGCAAGAUCAAGUACCGGAAUGCUAAAACAAGACCAAAGCUAAGAAGGCAAGAGGGCCUGUCUGGUCAUUUCCAUACCAGCAAAAAUCUGCAUGGAAUUACAAACAUCUAUUGACCAAGUGACAAGACAAACAGAGGGAGAUCCUGGUGAAGGUUAGGGAUCACUUAAGACCUGCGAGCCACUGCCACUGGUCAUCUAAGAGCCAAGGCUUGAUUUAGCAUGGACUAAAGUGAAAAACAGACCCACAGAUGAAAAGGCUGUUAGGAAACAGGGGGCUGGUGUGAACCUGGACAUGGACUUGUCUUAUGCAACAUAGCAGAUUACCUUUUAGUGUAGUGCUCCUACCUCAGUCUGUAGAAUACCGUGUUUCUAUGCAGUGAGUGACAGCCUCGACUCUGACCUUUCAUACUCACAGUAGGGAGAGAUGCAGUAUCCUAUUUCCUGGUGUGUUCCUCGUGUCCAGAGUCAACAGUACAGCCGUCCGUACCAUUCCCAAAGCUCAAUUUUGCUCUCUGAACAAACUUUAGGAUUUUUUUCCAGGGUUUAGCCCAGAAAAUGUGGAAAGAAAAGUUUCCCUCAAUUUGCUUUCAAAUAGAACUUGAAUAAGAAACUUUCUUUGUUGGUGACUAGUCUAUUUUUUUGGUCUCUCCCCACCAUUAAAAGUCAUUCAAGUUUUUAACCUGGUUUUACUGUGUUCUAUGUCUCUCAUUUUUCUCUCAAAAAUUAUAGUUUUAGAUCAUUGUAGAAAAAGCAAUGGUUUUCACAGCUUCAUCUAUCAGAAGAAAUAAAACUCUUACUAAAGAAUAGUGUACUGCAUCUUUAAGCAGUAGAAGGUUAAACUACCUGCAAAUGUGAAUUUCUUAGUUUCAUUAAAAAUAUAUAGUUGUUAACCUUUCGUGUGCCAAAACUCUAAGUUACAUUUUCCUUCAAAGCAAUGUACUUUUUUCUACACAUGUAGUUGUAGUUAGCAUAAAAAUCAUUGGUGCCAUGGAGAUUAUUUUUAAACUUAAAUAAAUAUUUAAAUAUCA